CGACAUACAAUCAGGCCCAUGCGACUGCUAGCGACGCUGCUCGUGUUGGCGCUGACGCCCUCGUCUUCAGAGGCGAUGCGCAUGGCUACCAACUGCAGCACCACAGACGACUGUGCAGACGGCGAGACGUGCGUGGCUGGCGACUCGGUCACUUCCAUUCAGACCUGUGUGGCUGGUGCCGCGUGUGGCGACUCGACCUCUGGAAACUGCCCGUCGGAAUUGGCGUGCAUCCAACGUAGUGGCGUCUACAAAUGCCUGUCCAUCGAACGGUGUGACGAGUAUUUUGGAGGUUCUUCGUGUAGUGCGGGAUGCAGUGCGAACGGCGUGCAGUGUAGUGGCCAGGGAUCAUGCAACUUAUUAUCGACUAGUGCGGAUGGCACACCGAGCUUCAGUUGCUCGUGCAAUGAAGGAUUCAGUGGCGACAAGUGCGAGUCCGGUUCGAGUACUAGCUCAGGCUCGACGUCGUCUAGCUCCCAGCCUUCCAGUAGCACUUCCAGUACAGAAAGUUCUAGUUCCAAGCCUUCCAGUAGUUCUUCCAGUACAGAAAGUUCUAGUUCCAAGCCUUCCAGUUCGUCGCAGGCUUCGAGUUCGUCCAGCUCUUCCGAGGCCUCCAGCUCGUCCUCCACGUCCACCUCCGCGUCUUCUAGUGUAUCAGACUCCGGUAGUACGUCGAGCUCAGUCUCAGGGUCCAGCAGCUUCUCAUCGUCCGUCGACGGCUCACUGAGCAGCUCGUCGUCGUCGUCACUCUCCUCGGGGUCUAGUGGGGUGGCGAAUAAUAACGUGAACCCCGCAUCCGCCAAUAGUGGCUCAGUGGCGUCUGAGGAGGACUCGGGCGGUACUAGCUCGGCUGUGUUUAUCAUUAUUGGCAUCUUGGCUGCCUGUAUCAUCGUCGGUGCACUUAUGUUCGCCAUGUACUCAAGGAAGAAGAAGCGCGAGCAGGACGCAGAGGCGGGUGGCUUUGGGGGAGCUGCAGCGUUCGGAGCCACAGCUGCCGCCGGUGAGAGCGAGCUGGGCGGCGGCACAGGGGCCGACACCCCCAAGAGCAGCAUUGUCACCAUGUAGACAGACAGGAAACCAAGAUGUUUUUAUUUUAAAGACAUACCAGCAAUUUAUCCUUAUGCUAUUCUUAUGCUGUA